GUGUCAAUUUUAGUGUUGUUUGGAAAUCAAACAGCUGAGAUAGAGAGUGGAAAUACUAUGAAUUGCUAGGCUGUUCACUUGCAAUGCUCUAUAUGUUUGCUUGUCUAACUUGAGAUUUGUCUGUGCUUUGUUGGGAUGGAAAGAGGAGUAGCCCUAUCAUGCCUGGGGACAACUGUGUUGAGCGCCCUUUGUUUGGUGGGGCGAUAUCUAGUGCAUUUCCUCUUAGAUUCCAGGAUGUGAGCAACAUUCGUGAAGUUCCUGAUCAUCAGGAGGUUUUUGUAGAUCCUGCUCGUGACGAGAGCAUGAUAUUUGAGCUUCUAGAUUUCAAGCAUGAUGUGCAAGAUAAUAGAAGCGCUGCCUGGUUUCUUCAAGACGUUGCCACUGAACAAGAUGCUGAAGGAAGCAUGGUGAUUGAGCAAUCAGGAGUUGUUGAAGUACAUGGAUUGCGUUACAGAAAUAUGCCUGCAAUCGUUACUACUGCAGUUGGUCAAAUGGCCAUUUCGAAAAGACGACAAGGUAGGGAGGCACAAAAUAUAGUGCGGGUCUAUUUAGCGAACUUUCGUUUAAAGGAAGUUGGUACUGAUGUGAUAAUCACUGCAUAUGAGCCAAUUGUGAUCAACCCGUUGAGUGAAAGUGCUGUGACAGUGGGGGCUGGGUUAGCUACUCCUGCCAUGCAAUCCGGAUGCUUACCGAUGGCCGAGGUCUUUAAGUCUUCAGUCUCAAGCUUCAAGGUCCAUGACUGGAAUCUUUUUGGUGCUAGUCCUUGAGAGAGUUUUCAAAUGUACAUGUACAAAUCCCGAAGCAUCAACAGCUGUUUGUCUUCUUCAUUGUUGAUCCUCAUUCUGGAAUGUAAAUGAGGGUGCUAAUGAAGUACUAAUUGAACAUUUGUGCAUAUUGGAUGAACCAUUUGAUAUGCACUGUAUGUACUCUGCCCUUUUACUGGUUCUCAUGUGUAUGUAAUAUGACGGAUCAAGCUGGUGGAUGUUUAUGGCUGUCUAAUCAAUUGCUUACUUUCAUCCUGGUUUUUGUGUCUUUGCAUGGACUCGAACCAACAAGCUUGGUCUCUGUCAACCUGACAUGGCUGAACUAAAGGAGAAUGAAAGUUUGGGCACACAUAGAGAGGGGGCUUUGCGGUAGACAUGAGGCUAGAAAUUGCGUCACAGAUUACCUGGAAAGGAGUGUGGAUUACUGUUACGCAUAAUAUUCUCCUUUUUGUUGCUUAUAUCAACAUUUGCCAAAUGCCAUUGUUUCCUCAAAUCAGGUCUUUCUGAUUGGUGCUUGUUCUCUUU